GGAGGAAAGCACUACCUGUCAGAGUUCACGCUUCUCCCCGGCUCCGAGGUGCCCAGGAGCGGACCUGGGACGCCGGGAGCGAGGGGGCCUGGAGCAGGCGGAGGAUGGCCUCGCAGCGGACGGUGCGGCUGAGCCUGAAGAAGCCCACCCAUGCGGUGUGCGUGGUGGGAGUGGAGACCUCCGUGGACGUUCGCAGCGAUGUGCCCAGGGGCGCCGAGACCUUCCGGGUCUCCGGGAGCCCAGGGGUUCACAUCUUCAUCCUCUACGAUCCAACACGGGUGACGGUGCCCGCAGACAGAACCCAAUGGCCCCUGGACCCCAAUGUGGACCUGACUGUAGCCGUGGAAACAGCCAGUAAGGCCUUAGACGAUCUCAAGGUGAAGGUCUCCUACUUCAGGCGGAGCGAGGACCGUGUCCUGGGCCAGAGUGUGCUCCACCUCACUGGCGUCGACGUCUCCCUGGAUGUUGACAUGGCCCGCAAGGGCAAGGCGAAGCGGAGCCAAGGCGACAAGAAAACCUGGCACUGGGGCCCUGCGGGCUAUGGGGCCAUUCUGCUGGUGAACUGUGACCGGGAUAGUCCCAGGUCCAGAAGGCCUGACCUUGACAACAGCCAGCUGACGUCACUGGAAGACCUGAAGGACAUGUCCCCCAUGGUGCUGACCUGCGACGGCCCUGACAAGCUCUUCGACAGCCACAAGCUGGUCCUGAGCGUGCCGUUUUCUGAUUCCAAAAGAGUGGGCGUCUUCUGUGCUCGGGGUGGGAACUCCCUCUCACACUACAGGCAGGUGCUGGGGCCCCAGCACCUGUCCUACGAAGUCGAGCGGCAGCCAGGGGAGCAGAAGAUCAACUUCUAUGUGGAGGGGCUCACCUUCCCCAGUGCUGACUUCCCGGGGCUGGUCUCUCUCAGCGUCAGCCUGGUGGACAUGGGGACCCUGCCCGAGGUGCCCAUCUUCACAGACACUGUGGCCUUCCGCAUGGCCCCCUGGAUCAUGACCCCCAACACCCAGCCCCCCCUGGAGCUGUAUGUGUGCAGCGUGAUAGACCCUCAUGGCUCAAAUGAGAAAUUUCUGAAGGACAUGUCUGACCUGGUGUCAAAAGCCAACUGCAAGCUGGUCAUCUGCCCUUGGGUCGAAAAUCGAAAUGAUCGCUGGAUCCAGGACGAGAUGGAAUUUGGCUACGUGGAGGCACCCCACAAGUCCUUCCCCGUGGUCUUUGACUCCCCCCGGGACCGGGGCCUGAAGGAGUUCGCCUAUAAGAGGAUCCUGGGCCCUGACUUUGGAUACGUGACCCAGGAAAUCCCUUUCGCUGGCGCCUCCGGCCUUGACUCCUUCGGCAACCUGGACGUCAGCCCCCCGGUGACCGUGGGCGGCAAGGAGUACCCCCUGGGCCGGAUCCUCAUCGGCAGCAGCUUCCCCAAGUCAGGUGGGCGGCGGAUGGCCAAGGUGGUGCGUGACUUCCUGAAGGCGCAGCAGGUGCAGGCGCCCGUGGAGCUCUACUCCGACUGGCUCUCCGUGGGCCACGUGGACGAGUUCCUGACCUUCGUGCCCACCUCCGACCAAAAGGGCUUCCGGCUGCUCCUGGCGAGCCCCAGCGCUUGCCUUAAACUGUUCCAGGAGAAGAAAGCGGAGGGCCACGGGAAGGCACUCCAGUUCGACGGGUUAGAGCAGCAGGUGAAGAGAAGCAUUAAUGAAUUGCUGGCCGACAGAAUCCUCCAGAGUGACAGCGUCUUUGUGCAGAAAUGCAUCGACUGGAACCGGGAGGUGCUGAAGCGGGAGCUGGGCCUUACGGAGCGGGACAUCGUGGACAUACCGCAGCUCUUCUACCUGAGGGGCCCCCACGCCGAAGCCUUCUUCCCUGACAUGGUGAACAUGGUGGUCCUGGGCAAGUACCUGGGCAUCCCCAAGCCCUACGGGCCCGUCAUCAACGGCCGCUGCUGCCUGGAGGAGAAGGUGCGGGCCCUGCUGGAGCCGCUGGGCCUCCACUGCAUCUUCAUCGACGACUACCUGUCCUACCACAAGCUGCUCGGGGAGAUCCACUGCGGGACCAACGUGCGCAGGCAGCCCUUCUCCUUCAAGUGGUGGCACAUGGUGCCCUGAGCCUGCUCCCCGCCCGCCAUCCUCUCUGCCCGCCUGUUGGGAAGCCCGCCAGAGUGAAAGCGAGGAACCUCUCCCCGGCCUCCAUCCUCCGGGGGGAGGUCUACAUGCACAUCCCUCAAGUGCCCGCAAACGUGCUGGCCACCGUGGGCACGGGGACACAGGAUGGGCACCGCACAGCCUCCCCUCGGAGCGGCCUGCACGCCGGAGAAGGACCACCCUUCGUCUUCCCUCCCCUACCCCAGCUCAGCUCCCAGGGGGCCUGGGGAAGACCAGCAGCCCUGGCUUUGCAUCGCUCCCCUCCGUCCUGAGGGGCCCUUGGUGCUUGCCGGGCGUCAGUCCUCUCUUCCAACUGCCAGGAACGGGGCCCGGGGAGCCUGGGCUCCGAUGUGAGGGCCCUGGCCUGUGGCUCCUGUAGGACCAGGGGUCUGGGCUGUCUUCCCUGCAGGGGACCCCCGGGCGGUGGCCUCCCGGCCCCCUCAGCUGGUUUACACAGGCCCAUAAGGACGGGGGCAGCCAGCUGCGGAGGGUUUGCUUUAAAAAGAAGAAAAAAAAAAAAGCAACUAAACCCCUCUAAUGCCUGACUCUGUCCUCGGAAGGGUGCUUGUUAUCUGCUCGCUAGCCUUUAAUUAUGAGGGCUGGCUGCAUCCAGCUCAAAACGCAAGGAGGUCAAAGGGAGGCCUGGGAGGGCAUCAAAGGCAGGAAGCCUGGCAGGAGGAGGGGGGUGCCAGGCUGGCAGAGAGGCCUGAGGCACGGGACAGGAGCUGGGGCCAGGCUUCUGCGUCCGGGCUCCUGGGCCCUGGGUUCCGGACUCUGCCUGUGAGGCAGGCAGCCGGCUGCUCAGAUGCAGCAGGGAGGGGCCCGGAUGUGAGAGGAGGGUGGGGGGCCAUUAGGCUAUCUCUGAAGGUGGGGUUUAAUUCCCUUUAAUAGUCUCUAAUUAUUCCCUUCCUUCUGCAGGCGGUGGGAGGGGAAGGCUUGCCCGGGCUCCCUCAGCAACCCCAUGACCCUGAGAGUAGCUUGGGUUUCCCGUGUCCUGUGUCCCCUUGUCUAGGAGGGAAGAUGCAGCUGCCACAGGGGUUAAAGGUCCGGCCAGGACUGCACAGGCAGGCAGGCAGGCAGGCAGGCUUGGCCAGUGCAGGGUGAGAGGUGGCCCUCGCCCCAGACAGGCCUGGGCAGCAGGGAGCAGACCUCUUCUCUUCCUCCCACUGCUUGAGGGGCCACCUCAGGGCCCCCCCCAGCCUCUGAGCCUUUACCUGGGGGUUUUCGGCGGCCCCUGGUGAGACCUGGGCUGAGCCAGCUGCGGUUAAACUCUGCUAGCCUCGGGACACUCAGUAAUCAGACGCUUACGUGGAAACCCAACAUAGGAAAUUGAUAAAAAUGGAACCGCUCUGGUGUAAGGUGGUGGAAGGGGAAGCAUACCUUCCCUGUCCCCUUCUGGAAGGCUCUGUGGGACCCCAUCUGCAAGCCCCCGAUCCUACCGGCUCCUCUGAUCGUGACCAAAAGGAAACCUAGACAGAGCUAAGAGGAGAAGGGAGGUCUUCAGGAACUGGGGCCCCAGGUGAAGGCAGAGAGGGAAGGGGGUAACGCAGAGAGACGGGGAGCACGUCCCCAGAGCAGCACUGGGUGUGCAAAGCACCAGAAUUGCCGCAGGGGCUGCUGGGGGACACUCAUGUCCCCUCUGAAGACGAUCCAGGUGACCGGUCACCUCCUUUCUGGUCAAUAAAAAUGUCAGCAUGCAUUUCUUC